UCAAAAAUGCGCCGAAGUUCGCGUGUUAAAGCAGCAGGAGCAGCCAAGAUGUCCGCAGAGCAAGAGGCAUCGUCUUCGCCAGAGAAGGAAAGGGAGACAAAACAUGCUGUAAGAUCCCCUGACAGCUCACCUAUGACGAAUGCCGCAUUGUUUGACUCGCCUGCUCCAAGUUCGGUGGGAAGAAUUACGCCGAAGUCUAUGUCGAAGUCAAAUGCACAGAGGACGCAGACUCACACGCCCCAGAAACGGUUGUCCCUUGGUGUUUGCGCAAGUUCGGACGACGAAGGGAUUCUCGACCAACUCAAGGCCCCACCGAAACGGACUUCGACAAAGUCACGAAAGAAAAGUUCCGUUCCCUUCGAUAGCUUGGAUGCACUCUUUGCUGAAAACAACAAGGAGUUAGAAAAGAAGCAAGUGCAGCAGGAGCGACUAGAACAACUGCGGAAAGAAGCUGAAGAGCGGUCCGAACAACACCAACAAUGCAGUUCUCUCAAGCAAAUGUCGUCCGAAAUCGAAAAUAACAUCCAGGAACUCAAAGCAGACGAACACCUCUUCACCAUUGAAUGUCACGCCGAAGUCGAAGAAUUCGGCUACGUAUUCGAGCCCAUCUCGGAGCCACUCGUGUAUACCGCGUACAAGGCAACCGGAAGCAACUUAAGCAGUCCAUUCAAACUCGUGUACGAGUGCAUGUCGUUGACCGACGACAUCGAGCUUGGGGAGUUUCUUUGGAGUCAAGCGAUUCUUUUACUUGCAAUUGAACUCAAUACCGACGUCCCUGCCGACAUUUGCAAGUGGCUCUUUACCGUGGUGAGCUGCCACUCGAACCACCACGUUGUCCAAGGUGCUUUUAUGAAUCUGCUCACACUACUCCUGGCCGCACGGCCAAAUCACACUCAACUCAUGUACGGAUUACCCAAAGCCAUGCUUUGCCGAAGUCGUUUGCUUCCCGUCAAGACGAAAUGGCAAGCCACUAUGAGCGAUUUCUUUGUUUGCUUUCGCAUGUAUGGCUUCAAAGAGUCGAAACGCGGGCUGAACUCAAAGUCAAAAGCGACUGGCCACGCGACGACGUCCACAUGGUCUGUUCCAUUUCCCACUGUGAACGCGGAGCACAUCACAAUGCUGUUUGUGUUGGUGCUGCGUGCCAAGUCGUUGCAACUGAGCGAACAUGACAUUUGCUCGUGCUGCGUAUUCUUCCUGCGCAUGCAGUUCGAAGACAUCCUACGCCCGCAACUGUGCGAAUUGAGUUCUUACUGUAUCGAAGUGCUCCUCGAUGCGUUUUCGCCAAAGGAGUGGCGGAGGCAGUACGCCCGCCUUCUCAUUCUCCGCAUCGCCGGGAUUAAAGAAGGUUUUUUCCAAUCGUCAGCAGGGUGGCUGUCAAUUGCGCGCCGACUGCCGCGCACUGAAAGAGGCACGCAGCUCACAACAGGGCUAGCUGUCUACAUAUUGCAAUAUCGACCCAGCAGCGACGACGACCAGGCUGGGGAGACCGAUUCGGACGAGCCGCUUAAGUUCCCCGUUCAGAUCGAUCUCGUGUUGGAUAUUGUGUCAACUAGUGUCGACUCGCUCACGGAAAAGUACGCAGCGACCGACGCAAGGGAGGUCGUGCCGCCUUACGAUCUCAUUUGCACCAAGAUUGCUCUGAUGGACUUGGCACUGCAAGCGUUUUUGAACCACUUGAAGCCAUCCGACAUGACUUUGAUCCUGCAGAAGCUCGACAUGCUCGCACUCGCCAACAAAGCCACCGUAGUUGUUCAGUGGCACGAGAUGAAGACGCUCGUGACGUUGAUGCACCGCAAGUACUCUGCCGAGAACCUCCGCAUCGGUCGCGAACAUUCGCCCAAGGCGAAACAAGUCUUGUUUAUCGACGACUAACUAACUGAUCCCGAUCUGUUGAGA